AUGCCAGCGAACACCACAAUCACCACCAUCACAUGGCCGGAUCUCCAUCGCCCGGGGGGCACGCGAUUUCGCUAUCCGCGAACCCCUGGGUUAGCCUUCAGCCCGGAGCCGAUCCCUGGGCGGCGUCCAUGGCUGGGAUGCACCAUGCUCAUCACCAUCACCCUCACCAAGACGUCAAACCUCUUGCGGCCCAGCAGGCGGAUAUGUUGCACCACCAACGACACCAGCAGCAAAGCAUGGGUUCGCCCCAUGCGUGGCCUGUCUCCUCCACACAUUAUAACCCUGGUGGAGCAGGAUCACCUAUGCAUCAAUACCAUUCGACGGGACCUCCAAAGCCCACACCACCCGCAACACUCUGAUAGGGACGUCAGUGGAGGCGAGGACGAGACGCCUACUAGUGACGACUUAGAAGCCUUCGCCAAACAGUUCAAACAGCGACGCAUCAAGCUUGGAUUCACGCAAGCAGAUGUAGGAUUAGCCUUAGGUACCUUAUAUGGCAACGUUUUUUCACAAACGACGAUAUGUAGGUUUGAAGCGUUGCAGCUCAGCUUCAAAAACAUGUGCAAACUGAAACCUUUGCUUCAAAAGUGGUUAGAAGAAGCAGAUUCUACGACGGGCUCGCCAACGUCCAUCGACAAAAUUGCGGCACAAGGCAGGAAGAGGAAAAAGCGCACUAGUAUAGAAGUUUCUGUUAAAGGUGCUCUAGAACAACAUUUUCACAAACAACCCAAGCCUUCGGCGCAAGAGAUCACCUCAUUAGCGGAUAGUCUGCAGCUGGAGAAGGAGGUUGUACGGGUAUGGUUCUGCAACCGACGGCAAAAGGAGAAGAGGAUGACGCCUCCAAACACCUUGGGCGGCGAGAUGAUGGAAGGCAUGCCUCCAGGAGGCCAUAUGCACCCGGGACACGGGUACGGGCACCACCCUGAUAUGCAUGGCUCACCCAUGGGUCAGCACUCGCACUCCCACAGUCCCCCCAUGCUCUCGCCCCAGGGCAUGGGCCACCAGUUGACGGCCCACUAG